CCGCGGGGCAGGGACUGUGCACAUGUGAGUGUGCAAAGCCACUGCGGGGCAGGGACUGUGCACAUGUGAGCGUGCAAAGCCACCGCGGGGCAGGGACCGUGCACAUGUGAGUGUGCAAAGCCACCGCGGGGCAGGGACCGUGCACAUGUGAGCGUGCAAAGCCACCACGGGGCAGGGACCGGUGUCCUUGCGCCAGCUCUCAAGGCUCAUCUACCUGAAGCUGGUGUCCACUUCUGGCGCCGUUAAACUCCUCAGCCUGGGAUCGGGGUGUCCAUCCAAAGGAGUUAAUCCAGGAUAAUGACGGCGAGUAAUUAGCAAGCUGUAGCCCUGUCCAAAAUGUCUUCUGUGCAGAGUGGGUUUAAUUAACCUCGUAGCGUUUCUCACCUGUGGCAAGUUUGUUCAAACUUCGAUUUCCACCCACUUGGGAUCCAAGUGGCUACAUCUCUGACUCAUCAACACUUGUAAUUAACACGGCAAUUAUAUUCACAGUGAGACUCGGAGCAUCUUAAAUUAUCCUUCCCUUUAUCCCCCAUCAUCUUCUUUUUUUUUUUUUUUUCUCCUUUUAAAUAUUAUUAUUAUUUUGUGCAUUUCAUUUCCUUGCUGCCAUCUGUUGCGAAAUGGCUGUCUUCUUGCUGUGUGCACUUCACACCACCAUCUGGACAAAUUAUUUGUCCCAUUAAUUGCAAAAAAAAAAAAAAAAAAAAAAAAAAAAGUGUGAAGAAAUGAAAUGAAAUGGUACUGCCGACCUGCCGAACGUCUGCUACGGGAGAAGCAGCCCACUCGGAAAUCCAUAGCACGCCACCAAACUGAAUCGAGCCUGACAUUAUGAAAUGUCUGUUUAAUCGUCUAGCGCAUUAAUUGGUCUCUUUGCACGGCACCAAGAAGAAAAAAAAUUGCCAAAAAAAAUUUCUUUUCUAUCUUCCCCCUGGGACAAGCCUGAAUGGAUCUACAGGGAGAUAAAUGCAGUGGGGGGAGCGGGGGGGGUCGUGCCCCCUUCAGCCCCUCGCCGCUCCGGGAUGAAUCCGCGGUUCUGCAAGAGGCUCUUUACAGAUGGGGACGGAUAACGGCGAGGUCAGGUGGUGGCAGCGGCUCCUUCGGUCACCAAACUCGGGGGGCUCCGAGAAGAGCUGCCCCGUGCGUUGACGUUUGGCCUAAACCCGGAGCGGUGCAUCCCCGCGGCCGGCCCCGAGGAGCAGGACGCAGCAGCCAGCCCCGUCUCCUGCCAGGAGCGUCCUUUCACCCCGGAGCAAACCGUGACAUGUGGAAGCUCUGAGCCCACUCCCACCUUUGCCGGGACGCCAUGGACACGGAAGCGGUGCAGCCCCAGGAGGCCUUGCUGACCGUCAACGAGCAGGUUAUUGUCAUGUCCAGCCACGAAACCAUCCGAGUGCUGGAGGUCGGCGUGGACGCCCCGCUGCCGGCCGAGGAGGACCGGAAAGCCUUGGAGAUGCCACCGGGGGGAGGUAGCACGGGGCUCACCGGGGGGAGACCGGCCCCCCGGGCAGAGAGGACAUCCCACCCAGCACCCAGAGCUCCUGCAGCGGGGAGGUGGCCGGCAAAACCAAACCGGCGGCCAGAGCGUCCCCCAGCACCGUCCCCUCCGGGGGCUCCUUCAGCCACGCCACGAGCCAGCAGCCGCAGCCCCUGGCCCCGCUGGCCGUGCAAGCCACCCCGCAGUAUUGCAGGUCAAGUGGCAGGUCAGCAGGGGCUGGCUGUGUGGACAUUUCCUACAGCAACGGUCGCUGCCCUUCCCGGAUUGACGGCUGCUUCUCCUACAGGGGGAAUUUUCAAACCACCUAUAGCCAAUUUGCAAGCCGCCGCCGUACUGAACACCACCAUCCAAGCGCCGGUGCCGCCUGCCCAGCCGCUGCAGGCUGCGGUCCAGCCCCGGCCCCCCCUCCAGCCCCCCGCUGUCUUCCCCGCCGUGCCCGGCCAGCCCCCCAUCCUGCCACAGCCCCCCGCAGCGCCCGCGCCGCCCGUGGCCAAGGCGGUAGAGACGCAGACCCAGAUCACCGUCCAACCUGCCGGAUUUGCCUUUAACCCUGGCAUAAUCGGCGCUGCUUCGCUGGGGGGGCAAACGCAGCUCCUCGGCUCCUUGGCAGCCGCCCCCGUGAUCGCAAACACCAUCUCCGGCAUGCAGGGCAUCACGGGCCAGAUCCUGACCAACGCCCAGGGCCAGGUGAUUGGGACCCUGCCGUGGGUGGUGAGCCCCCCCGGCGUGGCGGCCAGCCCUGCCCCGGCCACGCUGCCGGCCCAGAACCUGCAGGUGCAGACGGUGACGCCGCAGCUGCUGCUCAAUGCCCAGGGCCAGGUCAUCGCCACGCUGGCCGGCAGCGCCAUCCAGGCGGCCACCAGCAAGAAAACCGGCACCCCCGAGCCCCCCCCCAAGAACGAGGUCCAGCCCAUCCAGCCGGCCCCGGCGCUGUCCCAGCCGGCCGUGGUGAUGGCAAACCCUGCCCCGGCGGCGAAGGCUUCCUCCGCGCCCGUCCCCAUCACCUGCUCCGAGACCCCCACCGUCAGCCAGCUGGUCUCCAAGCCCCCGGCUCCCAACAGCAGCACGGAGGAGGACGGGAUUAACCUGGAGGAGAUCCGGGAGUUCGCCAAGAACUUCAAGAUCCGUCGCUUGUCCCUCGGCCUGACGCAGACGCAGGUGGGGCAGGCGCUGACGGCCACCGAGGGACCUGCCUACAGCCAGUCGGCCAUCUGCAGGUUUGAGAAGCUGGACAUCACCCCCAAGAGCGCCCAGAAGCUGAAGCCGGUGCUGGAGAAGUGGCUGAGCGAAGCCGAGCUCCGUAACCAAGAGGGGCAGCAAAACCUGAUGGAAUUCGUGGGGGGGGAACCCUCCAAGAAGCGGAAGCGCCGCACGUCCUUCACCCCCCAGGCCAUCGAGGCGCUCAACGCCUACUUCGAGAAGAACGCCUUGCCCACCGGCCAGGAGAUCACCGAGAUCGCCAAGGAGCUCAACUACGACCGCGAAGUCGUCCGCGUCUGGUUCUGCAACCGCCGGCAGACCCUCAAAAACACCAGUAAACUCAACGUCUUUCAGAUCCCCUAAACUGGGGAGGGGGACGGGGUCAUCCCCCCCCCACCCCCCACCGCCGCCAUUGCCCACCCCGACCUCCUGCCAUCAGCACUUUUGCCACCGACUUGGUCCCCCAGCCCCACGGCGGGGGCUGGGGUCACCACCCCACCGUGCCCGUAAGGUGUGUCCGUGUGUCCGUCCCCCUUUCCUCCACAUCACACAUGACCUAAGCGUGUUCGCGUCGGAUGUCAGGCCUGCCUCAUGCCUCCUGCCUGUAACGUGCGUGGUGACGGACCCCCUGCCUGCACGCGCCGCCUCUCCUGCCCCCCCAAUGUCAUCCCCUUCCCCAGAAAAAGGUGAUUUUCAUUUUUUGGCCGUUUUCCCGUGUUUCUGAGGUAGCGUCGUGGCUCGCUAGGGGUGAGCCCCGGUUUAAUUUCACCCCCACCCCCGUUUGAUUUCGGCGGUCCCCCUGCCUCACAGUGGGCUUCUCGGUGUGACCCCCACCCCAGCCACGGGGACAUCACCACGGGUGGUGGCUGGGGACUUCACCAGGGUUUGGUUGAGGGUUUUCGGGGGGGCAACCCCCGUAACAGAGGCAGCACCCCUUCCCUGCCUCCCCCCACCCCGAGCCCGGGGGCCAGGUGGGUUGGGGGGCUCCAUCUCUCGCCCCCUUCUCGCCCGGGGAGCGGUGGGGAGAGGUGAC